CUUAAUUCGAUUUUGAUGCACGCAUACAGGUGGCCCGGCCCACAGCUGAUUACUCCAAUUUGCAACGGCGGUUUCAUCUUCUGGGAUGAGAUGAGACGAUCCAUCCAUGCAAACGCAACAAUCCCUUUCUCACAAUUUCUCCUGAUCCGGCUACUACACGACGAUUGAUAUUUCCUGCCUCAUCGAUCUGCCAGAAACCGAUCGAUGGUGCCUCCGGAGGCGGCGGCGGCGGACUUCGUCGCCGACGAGCAGCCGGAGCCGCCCGACGAAGACCCCGACGUCGCCGAGGCCGACCCCACCGGCCGCUACCUCCGGUACAAGGAGAUCAUCGGAUCAGGAUCCUCCAAGACAGUAUACAAGGCUUUUGACGCGGUGGAUGGAAUAGAGGUGGCCUGGGGCAAGGUGGAGAUAAACGAUCGCAUCAUGGGUUCUUCCAAGGAACUGCAGCGGCUUUGCACGGAAAUCCAGCUGCUGAAAUCGCUCAAGCACAAGCACAUCCUCAAGCUCUACGCCUCGUGGGUUGACACCAGGAACAGGACGGUUAACAUUGUCACCGAGCUGUUCACAUCUGGUAAUUUGAGAGAGUACCGUACAAAGCAUAAGAAAGUUGACAUGAAAGCAAUGAGACGAUGGGCAAAACAAAUACUGACAGGGCUGGAAUAUCUACAUAGUCAGAAGCCACCAAUCAUACAUAGGGACUUGAAGUGUGACAACAUUUUCAUCAAUGGAAACCAUGGCAAAGUGAAGAUUGGGGAUUUUGGUUUAGCAAUGGUCAUGCAGCAAAGGAAAACACAGAGUAUUCAAGGCACCGUUGAAUUCAUGGCACCAGAGCUUUUUGGUGAGAAUUACAAUGAGCUUGUUGAUAUAUAUUCUUUUGGAAUGUGCAUGCUUGAAAUGGUGACGUGUGAAUGUCCAUACAGCGAAUGCAAGGGCUUUGUUCAGAUAUACAAGAAGAUAACUGAAGGUGUAAAGCCAGUCGCUCUCUCCAAAGUCAAGGAUGCAGAACUGAGAAAUUUCAUUGAGAGCUGUCUAACUUCAGUAUCUGACAGAUUGCCUGCAAGUGAGCUCUUGAAGAGCCCUUUUCUUCAGAAGGAUGGUGCGAACGAACAAAGCUCAAAUCCAGUGCAAGAACAAGUAAAAUUUACAGAAAACUCAAGCCUGGAUUCUAAAGAUGUACCAAUUUUUGUCUCUCUGGUGCCGAAUGAUACUGUCAAUGGGAAGGAGAAAUCUUUCAGUUUGGUGCUUCAAAAGGGUGAUUUUGUAUUAGAAGGGAACAUGAGCAACACCAACCCUGUCAUGUUGUUUCUGCGAUUCCCUUCACCUCCUGAUGGUAAGUUUAAGAAUGUUCAGUUCUGCUUCGACAUGGAGAAGGAUACAAGCCUGUCGGUGUCCUCGGAGAUGGUUGAGCAGCUCGAGCUGCCUGAAUGGAAUCCUGCCUUUCCCGAGUUGAUAGAUGCCUUCUUACUCCACAUUUUUCCUAGCUGGAAACCCUGCGUUAAAGUUGGUAAGAUGCUCCCGAGUUCUUCCUAGGUAGGGAGUGGAUUGCCCAGUUUUCCCUCAUUUCAGUGGCCUGAAGAAUAUGUUUCAGUCUCCUUGGUGUAUGCUCAAAGCUCAGUGCCACGCAUUGUAUGUUAAACCAAAACAUUUUUCACCGAUGAUGCAAAAAAGUUUGUACAUAAUUACGGUUAGGCGUAAUGAAAUAUUCCAUUACCCAGAAAAAGUUACCGUUAGGAAAGAGGUUUUCAGGAAGUCAGCUCAUUCUUGAUUUUUACUGUUACCUCCAUUUUAGGUUACAUGAUAUUUUAUUUUUUUUAAAUUCAU